AUGCUUGAUCAGACUCUUAAUCUUACUUUUAAAGAUGAACAUAAUGGAGGCUUAGUUAGAUUAUAUCAUUUUAAAACAAUUCCACAUGCUAUAGUAUCAAAUAAAUUUGACCACAUAAAAUAAUACUUCCAUAUGCACUCUCCUGUCUUAGUCUCUGAAAGAGAAGAGGAUUAUGAAUUUACUUGCAAUAAUGAUGAUGAAGAAAUCACUGGGAGAACCAGAUCAAAGACUUAAGGGACUAAAAACACUUUGAAGCCAAAUAAACAUCACGAUUUGACUGAACAACUUGAUUUAGCUAUAAAACCAAAAGGAUUACUAAAAAACCGCAAUAACAAGGAGACGUAGAGUCAAAAAAAGGUCUCCUUCUCCAUUCCAUCUCAUUGCACUUUGGAAUACAGAUAAAUAGUUUAAACAGCUAUUAAUAAAUAUUAAGUGAAGUAGAAGUAAUGA